UACGGCCCUGAGUGUUGUUACAAGCUUAACCUGUAGACCGAUAUUAUCAUCGAUUACGAUACUCGUCGUAACGCACGUCGUCAAUUGUGCAAGCUGGACAAUCGCCCCGUCUAGGAUAAAUGUUCAAAGCGACAUGGCCGAAUUGAACCAGAUAUUCCUCGGUGAGGUCACGUCCGUUCAGAAUUACGGGGCUUUCAUCAGAAUACCGGGUUGUUCGCAGCACGGCUUGAUACACCGGUCACAGGUGAGCUCUACUCAUGUCGACACAGUGGCAGAGAUUUUGCAGAAGGGCGAACGGGUCUGGUGUAAGGUGAUCUCUAUGACUGAGGACGGCAAGAUAGGCCUGUCCAUGAAGCACGUGAAUCAAGGAAACGGCGAGGACCUGGAUCCCAAUGGCGUGGAGUUGCAACGGGACAUACAACGGAGGAAAAAUCCAGGCAUUGUUCAACGUAAGGUCAUACAGUUGGAAGCGAUACUGGAUACCAUCUGCACAAAGUGUGGCACCAAGGGACACUUAUCCAGAGACUGUUUCGUGUCGCCUGAUGGAAAGAAGUACGAACUAAUCCCUGAGAUUGAGGAGGAAAGCGUCCAGGAGCAGACUGACGAAUGUAAGGAGAAGAGACCGGAGAAGAGACGCAAACUGAAGAAGCUGAAGAAGGAGAAGAAGUCAAAGAGGAGCAAGCGAUCUGCAGACAACAGUGAUACGGAAGAGAAGGAGAUCAGUAAAAAGAGGAAGAAGAGCAAGUCUUCCAAGGAGCGCAAGAGGCAUAGGAAGAAAUGCAGCAGCAGCAGCAGCUCCAGCGAUUCCUCCGCCAGUAUAUCCUCCAGCCACGAUGUGAAGGCUCACAAACGAAAACACUCGGACGACCAUAAUAAUACCCGUACGAAGAAAUGCAAGCAUUCUAAGUUUAAGCAUUCAGAUUGAUUUCAAUUCUCUCGAUUGUUACACACGUUCGGACAGUUAUUCAAUAAACAAACGAAACUCACUGGUGUCAGGUA